GCUUCAGUCAAGCAGGCAGUCUAGUCUGGCCGGGAGCGAACCAUGACGGCGCUGCGGGGCCUCUGGCCCGAGGUGCAGGAUACCUGCACCUCGCUGGGGCUGAUGCUAUUGCUCGUGCUGUUCAUGGGGCUGGCCCGCGUGGUCACCCGGCAGCAGCUGCACAGGUUCAUGAUGGCCCACACCUUCGUCUUGGAGUUUCUGGCCACCUUCCAGCUCUGCUGCUGCACCCAUGAGCUGCAACUGCUGAGCGAGCAGGAGCCCGCGCACCCCACCUGGCCGCUGACGCUAAUCUACUUCUUCUCGUUGGUGCAUGGCCUGACUCUGGUGGGCACCUCUAGCAACCCGUGCGGCGUGAUGAUGCAUAUGUUGCUGGGGGGAAUGUCCCCCGAGACGGGUGCGAUUAGGCUGUUGGCUCAGCUGAUUGGUGCCCUGUGCAGCAGGUACUGCAUAAGCGCCCUGUGGAGCCUGGGGCUGACCAAGUAUCACCUCAACGAGAGGACCUUCGCUUGCAGGAAUCCUAUUCAAGUCGACUUGCCCAAAGCGGUCAUCACAGAAGCCAUCUGCUCCUUUAUCUUCCACAGCGCUUUGCUGCACUUCCAGGAGAUCCGAACCAAGCUUCGUAUCCACCUGCUGGCAGCACUCAUCACCUUUUUGGUCUACGCAGGAGGAAGUCUAACAGGAGCUGUAUUUAAUCCAGCUUUGGCACUUUCACUACAUUUCAAGUGUUUUGAUGAAGCAUUCCUUCGAUUUUUUAUAGUAUAUUGGCUCGCUCCUUCUUUAGGUAUAUUGUUGAUGAUUCUGAUGUUCAGCUUUUUCCUUCCAUGGCUGUAUAACAACCAUACAAUUAACAAAAAGGAGUAA